AUGACUAAAGGCCUCAGUGUGAAGGGAAAAACGGGUUACAUAGGUGGAACUGUUGUGAAGCCUACCAAUCCAUCUGACUUACCUCAUUGGAUCCGCUGCGAUGAUCUGGUGGGUAGUUGGAUUUCCAAUUCAGUGGAUCCAGAAAUUCGUUCCAGUACCAUGAAUUUCCCAUCAGCACGAGAACAAUGGCUCGAGAUCAAGUCAAGGUUUUCUCAUCAUAAUGCAUCCGAACUGUAUGCAUUGAAGCAGUCCAUUGCAACUUUGAAACAAGAUCACUUGAGCGUUGCGAUGUAUUACACCCAUCUUAAAUCGCUAUGGGAUCAGCUGGAUGCUUUCAGACCUAUUAAACCAUGUAUCUGUGGCGCAGAAAAGAAUUAUGUGAACAACCACAAUCAAGACAGAUCGAUGGAGCUCUUGCAGGGAUUACAUGAUCGUUUUUCUUCUAUGCGCAGCCAAAUUCUUCUCAUGGAGCCUAUGCCAUCACCUGCUAAGAUUUAUUAUCAUGUCAGGAAGGAGGAGGAGCAACAAGGUAUUACUUCUUCUUCUACAACCUCUGUUGAAUCUGCGACUUUUAAUAUUUCUCGUAGUGAUCACCGGAACCCUAGAGCUUUUCCCAAUAAUGGUAACAAUAAGCGGCAACGCCCCUUUUGUGACCAUUGCAACAAAUAUGGCCACACCAAGACCACAUGUUGGAAGUUGAAUGGAUAUCCUAAGGAUUUGCCAAAUCCUAAAGAUUCAGAAUCAUUCCAUGUUGCUGCUAUGGAUGCUCCUGCUGCAUCUGCUGCACCAAACAUCAGUGCUUCUCAAUAUGCAUGA